AUCUCGCAUCACUUCACACUCUCCCUCGCCGACUAGAAUGUCAGUUACACGCGGUAUCUAUCUCGCACUGAGUCUGCUGCUAUUAUGCUGCCCACUAGAUGCAGCAAACAUGAACACAUGCGCCAGUCUUGGCCUCCUAAGUGGCGGCAAUCCGACGGAGUUCAUGUGGACCGAAUAUUCGGGAAAUUCGCCUCAAACGUCGUCCAUCACAUGGUCAUCAAACGGUACACGUCUGACUUCUUACACGAGCACGGUUUCGUGCACGGACGAGGUCGAUACGCUCUUGAUCCGCAGCAAUGGAAUUCCCGCCCACAACAUCGGCAAAUUUCCCAUGACAACGAUGACAACCGGCGCCCUUGGACGGAACGGACAGCCGAGAAUUGACAAUCCUAAUUCGCUAACCGCGCAGACGUAUAACUGGAGGAUACCCAAAAUGCCAACAAAGAAAACAAACACACCCCAGUCUGUCAUCACCGACUUCUCUGCCCUCCAGAUGGGACCAAUCGGGUUCGCCCUUAAUGGUGUGCCCUUCUUCAAUCCAUACAAUGCCCAGAGGCUGGACGCAGUCAGUCGAAACAGCAGUGGGUUUGAAGUGAUGGGACUGUGUCAUGGUCAUCCGACUGAUCGAGGAGCGUAUCAUUAUCAUUUCCAGACUCCGACUGAUGGAUGUCUGUUUGGUGAAAAUGGAGCUCAAAUUGUGUAUAACUCAUCGGAGCGAUCGCCGAAGAUUGGCUAUGCGUUUGAUGGUAUUCCGAUUUAUGGACCAUUGACGAGUGGUGGGGUGAGGCCGACUGAUCUUGAUGCUUGCAAUGGACGGGAUGAUGCCGAGUUGAAUAUGUAUGUUUAUCAUAUAACGGAGUUUACUGAGCCGUAUAUCAUCGGAUGUUAUCGAUAUGUGGCGGCAACGACUGGUGGUCAACCACCAAUGAGGUCUACUGAUAGUCCUAUGGCUACUGGGGAUGCUGGGCGUUCAACUCAAGGUGUUCAAGCAACUGGUCCUGGUGCUAAUCCUACAGCUGGAGCUCAAGGGAAUAGUGUUUUGCACUUUUGUGUGCUGUCGAUGAUUAUCGUACUGUCUACCUUAUUCAUUGCCAUGUGAACAGCAAUGUGUUUAGAAUUUUUCUAGACGAUUUGGUGGCUAGUAGUUUAGGUGUACUCUGUGUGUGUGUGUGUGUGUGUGUGUGUGUGUGUGUGUGUGUGUGUGUGUGUGUGUGUGUCAAUGUGUGUGUGUGUGUGUGUGUGUGUGUGUGUGUGUGUGUGUGUGUCAAUGUGUGUGUGUGUGUGUGUGUGUGUGUGUGUGUGUGUGUGUGUGUGUGUGUGUGUGUGUGUGUGUGUGUGUGUGUGGUUUUGUAGUAUUUAGUUAAUUGAUUUUUAUUGAUUA